AUGCUCGCAACAUCAUCAAACAAAUCCUGGGCCGACCAACAAGAAGAACAAGACGGCACCAUUGUUCAAGUCAGCGAAGAAAAUGGAAUAAAAACAAUUGUUGAAGAAAAGAUAAAAGACGGAAAGAAAGUUAGAAUCACAAAGAAAGUUAAAACUGUUAAAGUACAAAAGAAGAAUAUUCCAAUUGUUGAAGAACGUCGUAAAUGGAAGAAGUUUGGACAAGCUGGACAAGCUGGACUUUUACCUGAUGUUACAUCAGUAGGAGAACCAAUUCACUUUGAAUAUACAAAUAAUAAGAAGUCUACAACAACCACACAAACAGCAAUGGAUGAACAAGAAGUCUUACUCAACAGAAUUCAAAUGCAAUUGGCCAAAGAAGCUACAGAAGCAACUGAACAAGAAACUACACCAGAAAAUACCGAAGAAGAUGAAAACAAACUUAAGGCUCCAAGCUCUAAUGCCUACGUUCCACCAAGUAUGAAGAAUAGAACAACAGGAGGAUUCGGAGGUGGUCGUACCGAUAGUGAAGUCAAUACAACAAUCAAGGUUAGUAAUCUUGAUGUAAAGGCAACAGAACAAGAUUUGAGACUCUUGUUCGGUCAAGUUGGUAGAAUUAUCAAAGUUUUCGUUCCUGGAGACAGAGGAAGAAAUAGAGGUUUUGCUCUCAUCACAUAUAGCACAGUCGAAGAAGCUGAAGAAGCUAUCGAAAAAUUCGAAAGAUUCAGUUUGAACCACUUGUUGUUGAGUGUGGAAUGGUCGGAAAAUAAGAAGAGAUUUUAA